AUGAUUCUAAAUUUAGAUAUAAUAAAGGAAGAGUUCGAAGAGUAAGUCGAGUAGGAGACAUAUAAGAAAAUUUAAUAUCCUUUAGUACAACAUGAUAACCAGCUUAAUGAUGAUUAAUUUAUUCCAGAUGAACUAGUAGAUGACGAUAAAAAUAGAGAAUAGAUUGGAGAGAAUAGUUAAUAGAUGGCGGGAAUGGUAUUUACUGGCUUGGGAGGAUUUUACACCGAUUAAGCAAUUGAUUUUUAAGAAACAAAGCCUUAGAAUUACUAAUAUCGAAGGCUUACAAUUUAUUCUAAUUUUACUUAGUUUUAUCGACCAAGUGAAGUCGAGAUUGACAAUUUAGAAAGUUAGAACAGAAAUUUAUUUCAAAACUUUUCAACUUUGGCAGCAUGGUCUAUACUUAUAUACCAAACAUUUAAUAAUGCUAUCAUACCUGCUUGGAUCAUGACAAUACCAUUAGAUAAGGUAUUGAUUAUAUACAAAAUAAAAUAGUACUUGAGAAUAACUUGGAGAUUUUUGAUAUAGAGUAUAUUUUUAAUUCCUGUAAUGAUGUAUGAACAAAGAACUGGAAGUUAGUAGGUGAAAUAGCAAUAUGAAAUUCGAUAUAUUUUUAAAUGGGAAAAUAUGAGAUAACUUUAUUUUGCAAGUAUAUGUCCAACAAUUGCAUGCACAAUAUUUCUGUUUUGUUUUGAUUAUAACUACAUUGCCACUAUUUUCAUUUUGGGAUCCUAAACUAAUUUCUGGCUUUCCUUAAUUCGAGACAAAAUUUAGAAUCAUAUAUUAGAGAAGCGAGGGUAGAUAUUCAGUAUUUUUGGGUAUAAUUUGAAAUAAUAAGAUUUUUGUUGAUUGGUGUUCAGUCUAUAACAAUGAGUAGUGGUUCUGGAAUACCAAUAAUGGCAUCUAAUUAUAUUAAUACGUCGGUAUUCACCUAAGUUCCACAAUUGAAAUUACUGAUUGGGACUAUAGUACCAGUAAUAUAAAUUGAUGAUAUUUAGUUUGCUUCUUCAUUGCUAUUGGCAAGAUGUUCCGUAUUUAAUUUGAGAGUAAGAAACACAUUUCCGAUUUACUUGUGCAAUUACUUCAUAGCGAUAUUUGUUAGUUUGAAUAUUUUUAUGGUUGCUUAUUUUGUUGAUGGGAUUUCUUUAGAUGAUGAUCCAAAGUUUGGAGUUUUUGGAUUGUUCACAAAUUAGAAGUUUAUAGAAUUUUUGUAAUAUUUUAUAAAUAUAAGAUAGAUAUAAUUCAGUGAUUAUAAUAAUAGGGAUAUCCAUUUGUUCUGUAAUAACAGUUUAGUUAUUUGAUCCUUUGACUUUGGCUAUUUGUAAUCUUGUUGAACCUUUGAUAACAUCAGUUCUGUGUAAAUUUACAGGAGUUCAAUAUUAUCCGGAUGGGUUGACUUAUUUUGGGUACUUUUGGUUACAAUUUGGACAAUUGUUGAUUAUAAUAGGGUAGGAUUUGCAUAAAAAGUAAUUGGAUAUUAGUGCUAAGCUGAACACUUAAUGUAAGCAUUCUUCAAGUAAGAAGACGUUGUGAUUCACAUAUUGUUAUUCAAAAUGUAUUUAAUAAUUUAAUGUCACUUUAACAUUUAUAAACAAUAAAAGAAGAAAGGCAUUCAUAAAAAAUUACAGAUUUAAACCAGAAUCUUUUGGAUCAGUUUAAAAAUGUAUAUCAAUUGCGAGUAAGUAGAGGGAGUAUGAGCCUGAUGAGAACGAAUAAUUUCUGCCAGAAGAAUAAAAGGAAAUGAAUGAUGAGGAUGUAUAGGAUUAGUAAUAGAAACAUGAAAUUGUGAAGAGUUUUGUUGUUGGCACUGGAAUGGGUGGAUUUCUAUUUGAAGAAACAUUUGGAUUUGAAGAUAAGAAAUAGAAGAAUAAUAAACAAAUUAAGAGACUGACAUUGAAUACCCGAAUUACAUAGAUAGUGGGUCUAAAUAAAUUGGCAGAUGAUGAAGAAGAUGAUCAAUAACUUUAUGAGAAAAUUCCUUAGUAUUUAGCAUGGGGUAUUAUUUUUUUUGCAUCUGUCAUUAAUGCCAUGAUCCCUCCUUGGAUUAUGACAAUACCNUGCACAAUAUUUCUGUUUUGUUUUGAUUAUAACUACAUUGCCACUAUUUUCAUUUUGGGAUCCUAAACUAAUUUCUGGCUUUCCUUAAUUCGAGACAAAAUUUAGAAUCAUAUAUUAGAGAAGCGAGGGUAGAUAUUCAGUAUUUUUGGGUAUAAUUUGAAAUAAUAAGAUUUUUGUUGAUUGGUGUUCAGUCUAUAACAAUGAGUAGUGGUUCUGGAAUACCAAUAAUGGCAUCUAAUUAUAUUAAUACGUCGGUAUUCACCUAAGUUCCACAAUUGAAAUUACUGAUUGGGACUAUAGUACCAGUAAUAUAAAUUGAUGAUAUUUAGUUUGCUUCUUCAUUGCUAUUGGCAAGAUGUUCCGUAUUUAAUUUGAGAGUAAGAAACACAUUUCCGAUUUACUUGUGCAAUUACUUCAUAGCGAUAUUUGUUAGUUUGAAUAUUUUUAUGGUUGCUUAUUUUGUUGAUGGGAUUUCUUUAGAUGAUGAUCCAAAGUUUGGAGUUUUUGGAUUGUUCACAAAUUAGAAGUUUAUAGAAUUUUUGUAAUAUUUUAUAAAUAUAAGAUAGAUAUAAUUCAGUGAUUAUAAUAAUAGGGAUAUCCAUUUGUUCUGUAAUAACAGUUUAGUUAUUUGAUCCUUUGACUUUGGCUAUUUGUAAUCUUGUUGAACCUUUGAUAACAUCAGUUCUGUGUAAAUUUACAGGAGUUCAAUAUUAUCCGGAUGGGUUGACUUAUUUUGGGUACUUUUGGUUACAAUUUGGACAAUUGUUGAUUAUAAUAGGGUAGGAUUUGCAUAAAAAGUAAUUGGAUAUUAGUGCUAAGCUGAACACUUAAUGUAAGCAUUCUUCAAGUAAGAAGACGUUGUGAUUCACAUAUUGUUAUUCAAAAUGUAUUUAAUAAUUUAAUGUCACUUUAACAUUUAUAAACAAUAAAAGAAGAAAGGCAUUCAUAAAAAAUUACAGAUUUAAACCAGAAUCUUUUGGAUCAGUUUAAAAAUGUAUAUCAAUUGCGAGUAAGUAGAGGGAGUAUGAGCCUGAUGAGAACGAAUAAUUUCUGCCAGAAGAAUAAAAGGAAAUGAAUGAUGAGGAUGUAUAGGAUUAGUAAUAGAAACAUGAAAUUGUGAAGAGUUUUGUUGUUGGCACUGGAAUGGGUGGAUUUCUAUUUGAAGAAACAUUUGGAUUUGAAGAUAAGAAAUAGAAGAAUAAUAAACAAAUUAAGAGACUGACAUUGAAUACCCGAAUUACAUAGAUAGUGGGUCUAAAUAAAUUGGCAGAUGAUGAAGAAGAUGAUCAAUAACUUUAUGAGAAAAUUCCUUAGUAUUUAGCAUGGGGUAUUAUUUUUUUUGCAUCUGUCAUUAAUGCCAUGAUCCCUCCUUGGAUUAUGACAAUACCAGCUGAAAAAGUAUGUAUUAAUAAUAAACCAAGUAUUUGCGUAUAGCCUGGAGAUUUUUAUUAUAAGGAAUCUUCCUCAUCCCCUUUAUCAUGUAUGAGUACAGGACUGGGAACGAGAAAGUUAAGUCAGCAUACACCUCCGAAUUUCUGUUGAAAUGGACUCAUAUGAGAAAAGUAUAUAUGGCAAGUUUGACUACAACUGUAACCUUUGCCGUAAUUCUGUUUUGUUUUGAUUAUACGAAUAUCUCAAGUGUUAUUGUCCUGGGAUCUCAGACUAAUUUCUGGUUGUCAGUCUUCAGAAAAAAAGAAUAUAACCACAAUAUCGAAGGAGGAGGCAAGAUCAUGUGUGUUGUAGGGUAGAAUAUUAUGUUGUUAAUAGAUAUCUACUAAUUUGUUUAGACUCAUAUGUAUUGAAUACUGACACUAUUCCUGAAUCAGCCAAGCAAUACAUCAAUCCUUUGUUGUACAACAGACCUAUAUGGAUGAGGAUUAUUAUUGGAAACACCAUACCUGUAACAUAUUAAUGUAUUCACUUUAGUUUUUGGCAUCUAUAAUUUUAGCUGAAUUGUCAAAAGCUAAUCAGGAUCUCAGAAGUGUAUUCCCACCUUUCUUAGCUAAUUUCAGCGUUGCUUUUUUUGUUUGUCUGAAUAUGUGUAUGGUCUCUUUUUUUAUGGAUGGCACAUCAAUUAAUUUUGAUUCCAGAUGGGGAUGGUUUGGAUUGUUUAAGAAUGGAAAAUUCAUGGAUUUUUUGUACUACUAUUAUAUCAAAUCCCAUUAGUUACAUGUCUACUAUGUUAAGCAUCGGAGUAUUCAUCUCUUCUAUUUUAAUCAGUAAAUUAUUUGAACCUAUUGUACCUGCCACUGCUGCCUUAUUUGAACCUGUCAUUACAGCUAUCUUGUGUGAAAUUGCUCAUGUUCAAUAUUACCCAUCUGCUAUUGCUUGUUUUGGUUAUGUAUUUCUAAUGCCAGGCUAAUUUAUUAUUAUUGUUGGACAACACAUAUUGAAGUAAUAAUAAGAACAGGAACAAAGAUAGAAACUAGAAUAGCAAUUGUAAAUUCAUGCUUCGAGAGCUCAAUGA